GGCCGCGGAGACGCGCGUGGGCGGGGCUGCGGGCCGUGGGCGUGACCGCACGGCCUGCCGGGAGUCGUAGUCCCCGGCCCGAGCCCGAGCGGCCCGGGCGGGGCUGGGCCUGGCGCCGGCGCGGACCCCGGAGUCCGGCUGCGCCUUGGCCGCGAUUUCCUUUCAUCACUUUGCAGGGAAGGGUGGUAGCAAUUCUGCUGCUUCUUGAAGGGCUUCAGAAGGGGAAGAUCCUGUUUGAAUCCAAGAGACAAAUACAAAGAACACAGGAUGGGGUGGCAAGGAGAUAGAGACGGGUAUUGUUCUUACUUGAAUCAGAGGAAGUUGGCUACAAUUGCUGCCUAAAGGAUGGAGGUUGGACUUAAAAGCAGGAGCUCUUUGAACAGGAAUACAUCGUAUGGCUAAUGAAGUCUUCAUCUGUGAUGACAAUCAGAGAGAAGCAAAAGGGCCUGGAGAGAAAUAUUGCAAAGGAAUUUUUAGAAGGAAUUGAGAAGUUAAAAAGCAAUCAGAACAAUGGGGUUGAGAGAAAAAAGCACACAUCCCCCACCCCACCCCCCAGUUAUUCAAUUCCUUUUAUGUCAUACUUCCUCUAUUUAUUUUCUGAAAAAUAAACUUCAGUGGCAUCUUUUCCUCAGACUGCAGAGAGAGAGAGGUUUCCCUAUUAGAAUGAAGGAAAGUUAAAGUAGGAGAGGAGGGUAUGGUCAUUCUAUUUGAAAGGUGAGAGGUUGAUCCUUAGGCAAGGAUCCUUAGGCAAGGCAAAGGACUCCUAGGAUGGGAAAAUGAGAGAAUCUGAAAUCUUGUUUCUGAAAGAAAAAGGAAAAAAGCCCUAUAGAAAUUACUUGAAGAGAACUAGGAUUCCUGGAAGGGAUUUAUCAUUUCAAAUGUAUACACUCACAUAGAUGUCUCAUGCUUUUUCCAAAAAAUUCUGGAAAGAAGCUGAACAACAUAUUUGCACAGAAAGUCACUGAGAAAUCUUUCCCUAAUAAGCUUGAGAGGACGGGAGCAUCUUGGCCAGUGCUAAGGACUCAGUCAGGGGAAGACAUGGGGGUUAGACAACUUUUUGAGCUGUUAGCAUAGUGUCUCCUGACACAUAAAAGCAGGCUCUAACCUGUCCUGUAUAUGGGUGAUCUCUUGAGUAUGGGUGAUCUCAGAGAGACUUGCGUAGUGACUGGCUCAUGGUAGAUGCUAAGCAGAUAUUUAUUAACUGUGUCAAAACAAAACACUGUAUUCUUUUCUUAUUCCAUUGCCUGUGAGCUCUGAAUUGCCUAGCAAACUGCAUCUAAUACAUGUUACUGUUUCUGAUCUGAAUUGAAUGAAAAUGGGAAAUCAAGAAACAAUGAUAAGGACUCUACCCCUGUAGUCCUUAAUUAAGGGAACUAUACCAAAUGACUGAAAAGGGAAGGUGGAGUAUGGCAUCAAUUACAGGGAAAGACAUUCUGUGCACUACUUUUUCCACUCCAUAUACAGAGGAAGUUAGGGAAAAGGUGAGAUGAGGUCAUCACUGACCAGAGAGGAUAUAACUAGCCUUGGCUGAGAGAUUUUUAUCAGAAGCAACUCAGCAGGUGUUUUGAGAGUCAAACUACAAUAGCUAUAGUGCAAAAUCCAGAAUGGAUGUCCUCUUUGUAGCCAUCCUUGCUAUGCCACUUAUCCUGGGACAAGAAUAUGAGGAUGAAGAAGGAUUGACAGAAGAUUAUUAUCAGGUGGCCUAUUAUUACACAGUCACUCCUAAUUAUGAUGACUUUAGUGCAAAUUUCACCAUUGAUUACUCCAUGUUUGAGUCAGAGGACAGGUUGAAGAACAGUUUGGAUAAGGAAGAAACAACACAAGCAGUGGAGACUACCAUUAUUCUUAAAACAGAACAUGCAGAUCAUCAGAAGCCUGUCACCAUGAAAGCAGUAACAAUGGAAACACAGAGUCCAGAUCUGAAUGAUGCUGUGUCCAGUCUGCAGAGUCCUGUUUCUCUUCUCCUGUCAUGGGUCCUCCUUCAAGGGGGGAUGUAUUUCAUGUAAAGGUGAGAGAAGGCUGCUGUGACUCCUUGGAUGGGAGUUUGACUCGAAGAAAUUGGAAAAUAAAAAAAUAAAUGAAA